AUUCGCAGAAGGUGGCAUGGGAGAUCAGCUUCUCUGCCCCUCUAGGGAGCGAGAAAGGGAGAGGGAGACAAGGGAAGGAAAAAUGAACUUGACCGUAGAACCACCCAUAUUCCUUGCAAUUCCUCUCUUUUCCCUAAGAUCCUGGAGAACCAGUGGUAGGCAACAUAGGGCAGGAACGGUCAGCCCGGGAGGGUGGGCUCAAGCCUUCUCCUCUCUCCGCCCCUAUCCAGUUAGGAGGGGCGGGGUAGAGUGUGAGAGACAAGUUACUGCUCUUACAGUUUCUGCUGCGGCCGCCGGGAGGCGCUGGGGAGGUGGAUCAGGUGACCCGAGUGCGCGCCUGGGGGGUAAGGGGGGGGCGGGAAUUGCUAGAAGCUGCCUCGUUUUGGGCCGGCCGGGAGACGCCGGAGCCGCUGCUGUGGCUGCUGCUGCCGCCACACCUAGUGGAGGAGCCGGGGAAGGCGGCUCGGAGCUGGGGGGUGGGGUGGAGAGGAGAGCCGGGGGUGGGGACGGAAGGACGGGCGGACAGGAAGGUAGGCGGGCAGGCUUUGGGAACCGGCGAACAGCCGCCGGGGGAAGGGACCCUGAGGCGGCGGCGGCGGCGGCAGCAGCAGCGGCUGGAGCAGUGGCGGCGGUAGCGGCAGCUCCCAUAGCAGCAACAGCAGCAGCAGCCGCAGCCGCAUCGGCCGCGGCUCCUGUGUUCACCGGCCGGCAGGGUUGGGGCGGGCGGGCCAUGGGAACACUCUCCUGAGGCGGAGGUCGAGGGCGGGCGAACGGGAGGACACGGAACGAGGGAGGGAGCGCGGAGGCCGCGGGCCGCUGUCUGGGGAGCGGGGUCGGCGCCGGCGGCACCACCAUGUCGCGCUCGGUGCUGCAGCCCAGUCAGCAGAAGCUGGCGGAGAAGCUCACCAUCCUCAACGAUCGCGGCAUCGGCAUGCUCACCCGCCUCUACAACAUCAAGAAGCAAGGACAAGUUUGGAAGGCAUGUGGAGACCCGAAAGCAAAACCAUCAUAUUUAAUUGACAAAAACCUGGAAUCUGCUGUGAAAUUCAUAGUCAGAAAAUUUCCUGCAGUAGAGACUCGCAACAAUAAUCAACAGCUUGCUCAGCUGCAGAAAGAAAAAUCUGAGAUUUUAAAGAACUUGGCAUUAUAUUACUUCACAUUUGUAGAUGUUAUGGAAUUUAAGGAUCAUGUUUGUGAAUUGCUGAAUACUAUUGAUGUUUGCCAAGUCUUCUUUGAUAUUACUGUAAACUUUGAUUUAACAAAGAACUACUUAGACUUGAUUAUAACUUAUACAACAUUAAUGAUACUGCUGUCACGAAUUGAAGAAAGAAAAGCAAUCAUUGGAUUAUACAAUUAUGCUCAUGAAAUGACCCAUGGAGCAAGUGAUCGGGAAUAUCCACGACUUGGCCAGAUGAUUGUAGAUUAUGAAAAUCCUUUAAAGAAAAUGAUGGAAGAAUUUGUACCCCAUAGCAAGUCUCUUUCAGAUGCGCUAAUUUCACUUCAGAUGGUAUAUCCUCGAAGGAAUCUCUCAGCUGACCAAUGGAGAAAUGCACAGUUACUGAGCCUUAUUAGUGCACCCAGUACAAUGCUUAAUCCUGCACAAUCUGACACGAUGCCAUGUGAAUACCUCUCUUUGGAUGCCAUGGAAAAAUGGAUAAUCUUUGGCUUUAUUUUGUGCCAUGGAAUCUUGAAUACUGAUACUACAGCACUGAACCUUUGGAAGCUAGCUCUUCAAAGUAGUUCUUGCCUUUCUCUCUUUCGGGAUGAAGUUUUUCACAUUCAUAAGGCUGCUGAAGACUUAUUCGUAAACAUAAGAGGCUACAACAAACGUAUUAAUGACAUAAGAGAGUGCAAAGAAGCAGCUGUGUCACAUGCUGGUUCAAUGCAUAGAGAAAGACGCAAGUUUUUAAGGUCUGCACUGAAAGAAUUAGCUACUGUAUUGUCUGAUCAACCUGGCUUGCUAGGGCCAAAGGCCCUUUUUGUAUUUAUGGCAUUAUCUUUUGCUCGUGAUGAAAUCAUUUGGCUGCUACGUCAUGCAGAUAACAUGCCAAAAAAGAGUGCAGAUGACUUUAUAGAUAAGCACAUUGCUGAACUGAUAUUCUACAUGGAAGAGCUCAGGGCACAUGUGAGGAAAUAUGGACCAGUAAUGCAGAGAUACUAUGUGCAGUAUCUCUCUGGCUUUGAUGCUGUGGUUUUAAAUGAACUUGUUCAGAAUCUUUCAGUGUGCCCUGAAGAUGAAUCAAUCAUUAUGUCCUCCUUUGUUAAUACUAUGACUUCUCUAAGUGUAAAACAAGUUGAAGAUGGGGAAGUAUUUGAUUUCCGAGGGAUGAGAUUAGACUGGUUUAGAUUACAGGCAUACACAAGUGUCUCAAAGGCUUCUUUAGGCCUUGCUGAUCACAGGGAGCUUGGAAAGAUGAUGAAUACUAUAAUUUUCCAUACAAAAAUGGUAGAUUCUUUAGUGGAAAUGUUGGUGGAAACUUCAGAUCUCUCCAUAUUUUGUUUUUAUAGUCGUGCAUUUGAGAAGAUGUUUCAACAAUGUUUGGAACUCCCAUCUCAAUCAAGAUACUCAAUUGCAUUCCCUCUGCUCUGUACUCAUUUUAUGAGUUGCACGCAUGAGCUAUGUCCGGAAGAGAGACAUCAUAUUGGGGAUCGUAGUCUUUCAUUAUGUAACAUGUUCUUGGAUGAAAUGGCUAAGCAAGCUAGAAAUCUCAUUACAGAUAUUUGCACAGAACAGUGUACCCUUAGUGACCAGUUGCUGCCAAAACAUUGUGCCAAAACCAUCAGUCAGGCAGUCAACAAAAAAUCAAAAAAACAGACUGGAAAGAAAGGGGAACCUGAAAGGGAAAAACCAGGAGUUGAGAGCAUGAGAAAAAACAGACUGGUGGUAACCAACCUUGAUAAAUUGCACACUGCACUUUCUGAACUUUGUUUCUCUAUAAAUUAUGUUCCAAACAUGGCAGUUUGGGAACACACCUUUACUCCAAGAGAAUAUUUGACUUCUCAUCUGGAAAUUCGCUUUACUAAGUCAAUCGUGGGAAUGACUAUGUAUAAUCAAGCCACACAAGAAAUUGCAAAACCUUCAGAGCUCUUAACAAGUGUGAGGGCAUAUAUGACAGUACUACAGUCAAUAGAAAAUUAUGUGCAAAUUGACAUUACAAGAGUAUUUAACAAUGUUCUUCUUCAGCAAACACAACAUUUAGACAGUCACGGAGAGCCAACCAUUACAAGCCUGUACACAAAUUGGUAUUUGGAGACUUUGUUGAGGCAAGUUAGCAACGGCCACAUAGCUUAUUUUCCUGCAAUGAAAGCGUUUGUGAAUUUGCCCACAGAAAAUGAACUAACUUUUAAUGCAGAAGAAUAUUCAGACAUAUCAGAAAUGAGAUCACUAUCAGAAUUGCUAGGUCCAUAUGGUAUGAAGUUCCUCAGUGAAAGCCUUAUGUGGCAUAUUUCAUCACAAGUUGCUGAACUUAAGAAACUUGUGGUGGAGAAUGUUGAUGUCCUGACACAAAUGAGGACCAGCUUUGACAAACCAGAUCAGAUGGCAGCUCUCUUUAAAAGAUUAUCUUCUGUUGACAGUGUUUUGAAGAGGAUGACUAUAAUUGGUGUAAUCCUAUCAUUCCGAUCAUUGGCACAAGAAGCACUUAGAGAUGUCUUAUCCUACCACAUUCCUUUCCUUGUAAGUUCAAUCGAAGAUUUUAAGGACCACAUUCCAAGGGAAACUGAUAUGAAGGUUGCAAUGAAUGUUUAUGAGUUGUCCUCAGCUGCAGGAUUGCCAUGCGAGAUUGAUCCAGCCUUGGUUGUUGCGCUUUCCUCACAGAAAUCAGAAAAUAUUAGUCCAGAAGAAGAAUAUAAAAUUGCCUGCCUUCUUAUGGUUUUUGUGGCAGUUUCUUUACCAACAUUGGCCAGUAAUGUUAUGUCUCAGUACAGCCCUGCUAUUGAAGGACAUUGCAACAACAUACAUUGCUUGGCAAAAGCCAUCAACCAGAUUGCUGCAGCAUUGUUUACUAUUCACAAAGGAAGCAUCGAAGAUCGCCUUAAAGAAUUUUUGGCUCUUGCAUCAUCUAGUCUAUUGAAAAUUGGUCAGGAGACGGAUAAAACUACAACAAGGAAUAGAGAAUCUGUUUAUUUACUGCUAGAUAUGAUUGUGCAGGAAUCACCAUUCCUGACAAUGGAUCUUUUGGAAUCUUGUUUUCCUUAUGUCUUGCUGAGAAAUGCCUACCAUGCUGUCUACAAACAAAGUGUUACAUCAUCUGCAUAAAUAUCUACGUAUUGGAGAUAAGCACGCAUUUUUGUUGCCUCAGUUUUAUCUGUAAACUAUGGAACUAUUUUAUUUUAUGGCCUGACAGUUUCGUGGAUUAUGGACUUUUUUCUUAUAUACAGUUGUAUUUCUGAUCAGUGGUUUCUUAAUAUUGUUGUACUACAAUAUAAACUUGAUUGAUUUAGGUUGCACAUUCACGAAAAUUUUUCCUUUUUCAUUUUAGAUCAUUUAUGUUUGACACUACAUCAACUAUACAUUUUUGGUAUUUGAUAAUGCAAAUCCAUACUUGCUUGUUUAUUUCUGAAAAAAAUGUAUUUAGUGAUUAUUUUAGAUAGUGUUCUAGCUUUCAUCUGUGUGUAAAUUAUUUCAUAUAGGGAGAGUUCUGAUCUAUACCCAUUGUUAUUAUUGAAAACCAGAAUUGGAUGUGCAUUUCUGUGAAGUAAUGACAUUUCUACUUUUUUCUUUAUUUUGAAACAUUUGCCAAACUGAAUAAUAUGACAUGAUAUAAAAUUUAAAAUGUAAUGGGACUGCUGAUAAUUAGAAGCAGACCAAUCCCCAAUAUUCUUAAACAGCAGCAAAUGUUGUUGUUUGUAUAAAGCAUAGUGACAUUUUUUAGACUAACAUCCACAGUGCCCUGUUGGCAUUAGCACUACCAUUGUAUCCUGCUGUAUAAUAAACAUUCUUAUGCAUUUAUCAAAUGUUGAUAAAAUGUUAGCCCUUAACCACUUUUAUAUGUUUUAAAUUUUUAAAUUCAAGUGUACCUUCCAUAACAUAAAUAAACACUAGACUGUAUCACA